AUGUCGGUAUAUAACAGCCCUAGUUCCAAGGCAGAGUAUAAUACCAUCGCACCUGAUAUCACUUGUACAAAUCUACCUCUUCACGAAGCAAAGACACAAAACAUCUCCCAAAGCGACAACAUCAUGUCAGAGCACACUCGUAUGGCGGCGCUCAGCGCCGAGAUCGCGAAGAUACAGCAAGACCUGGAGCAAUGGCGACGCCACGAGCGAGACACGGCCGCGCAGCUCGACAGGGCUCUGACCAGGCUGCAACAGUACACCAGGCGCGGCCAGUUUCCAGACCCUAUCGUGUCGGCGGCGGUCAACAACCACUCGGUCGCGCUCAAUCACAUGCGGAGCAGAAUCGCGGGCCUGCAGAGCAGAAAGACGGCGGCGGAGCGGGAGCAUAUGAACCUGUCCCUCGGGUCAAGAAAUCAGGCGUGA